AUGAACGGCACAGAGGGCAACAACUUCUACAUCCCCAUGUCCAACAGGACAGGGCUGGUGAGGAGUCCUUUUGAAUAUGAGCAGUACUACCUGGCUGAACCAUGGCAGUUCAAGAUGCUUGCUUUUUACAUGUUUAUACUGAUCUGUCUGGGAUUCCCCAUCAAUGGAGCGACACUGUUGGUGACAGUACUGCACAAAAAGCUUCGUCAGCCUCUCAACUUUAUUUUGGUCAACCUGGCUGUUGCUGGUAUGAUCAUGGUCUGCUUUGGAUUCACCAUCACCAUCACCUCAGCUCUUAAUGGCUACUUCGUCUUUGGACCCAUGGGUUGUGCUAUUGAAGGUUUCAUGGCUACUCUAGGAGGUCAAGUUGCCCUAUGGUCACUGGUGGUGCUGGCUGUUGAGAGAUAUGUUGUUGUCUGCAAGCCCAUGGGCAGCUUUAAGUUUGGUACUACCCAUGCUGGAGCUGGAGUGGCAUUCACAUGGGUCAUGGCUAUGGCAUGUGCCGCACCACCCCUCUUUGGAUGGUCAAGGUACAUCCCUGAGGGAAUGCAGUGUUCCUGUGGACCGGACUACUACACCCUGAGCCCUGGAUACAAUAACGAGUCAUAUGUGAUCUACAUGUUCACCUGUCAUUUCUGUGUCCCUGUCGUUACUAUCUUUUUCACCUAUGGAAGCCUUGUCCUCACAGUCAAAGCGGCUGCAGCCCAACAGCAGGACUCAGCCUCCACCCAGAAGGCAGAGAGGGAAGUGACACGUAUGUGCGUCCUGAUGGUUUGUGGCUUCCUGAUUGCUUGGACCCCCUAUGCCAGUUUUGCUGGCUGGAUUUUCUUCAACAAGGGAGCUGCUUUCACUGCUCAGUCCAUGGCUAUUCCUGCCUUUUUCGCAAAGUCCUCAGCCUUGUUCAACCCCAUCAUCUAUGUGCUGCUUAACAAACAGUUCCGUAGCUGCAUGAUGCAGACAGUCUUUGGCAAGGCCCCUGAGGAUGAAGCAUCAGUGUCCGCAAGCAAGACAGAAGUGUCUUCAGUGGGUCCUGCAUAAGCAUCAUACUUGCACCAAUUUACCUGUCAACAAGCUACAGCUGCCGAUGGCACAAACUCAAUGUUGGUUGCUCUCUAAAUGUUAUGUGGUGUUUCUGAAAGAAAAUAAUAA